AAGAGAGAAUAGAAAACGUAAAAGUGAGUGAUUAUUUACAAUUUUUAGCAAAUUUUGGGCUUUCGAGGACACUCAUUUGUAACGAAUUCUAAAAUUGAAGAAUUCCUUCGCGUGGAGAUUAAAUUGUAUAAUCAAAUUCCGUGAUGGCAAUUUUCCACCCGUUUUUGCGGAACCCCGUGUCGGACAUCACCGGCUACAUGCUGAAUGCCCAGCACACCAAGUGCGCAGAGUUUGAAAUGCGAAUGAUGGAGUGUUUCGAGGCUUAUGGUGUUGAACGGGGAGGAAAACACCCCCAUUGCCAGGCUUUGGCCGCAGACUUCAAAGAAUGCCUCACCAACGAUAAAGCUAUGAGGCGUUUUGAGGCUAUGUGGUUUGAACGACAGAAGCAAUAUUAUCUGGAGGGCAAACUGAAGGAUAAGCACUACGCACCUGCUCCGAAAGCUGAUUCUAUCUGAUCACCCAGAGAUGUGAAAUUCAUUAGGUAGAAUAUUAAUUCACCAAACUUUGUUGCUGUUAGAAAUAUUGCCGAUGUGAUUGAUAAAGAAAGAAUGUAUAAAAUAGUGUCGGGAUUAAUACAUUAAAAAAAAAUUAUUAAGAAAAUAAGUAUUUUCAGUGGUAUUUUAAUUAAUUUUGUAGUUAUAUUCAAUUAUAUUGCAAUUUUUGAAAGUCAAAA